AUGGAGAGCAGAAAGGACAUGGUCAUGUUUUUGGAUGGGGGGCAGCUAGGCACGCUGGUUGGAAAGAGGGUCUCCAAUCUGUCUGAAGCCGUGGCCAGCCCGUUGCCCGAGCCGCCGGAGAAGAUGGUGCCCCGGGGCUGCCUGAGCCCGCGGGCUGGUCCCCCCGCAGCCCGGGAGCGGGAGCGUGGCGGGGGAGGCCCGGAGGAGGACUCGGUCGACGGGCUCACGGGCAGCGUUGCCGGGCCGGGUGCAGAACCGCGGACCACUGGGGCGGCAGUUCUUGUCCCCGGACCCCCGGCUCCCUCCGCCGACAGCCUCUCGGGACAGGGGCAACCCAGCAGCUCGGACACCGAGUCGGAUUUCUAUGAAGAAAUCGAGGUGAGCUGCACCCCGGACUGCACCACCGGGAACGCCGAGUACCAACACAGCAAAGGGGCCAGCUCAGAGGCGCUGACCAGCAGUCCCAACAGCAGCAGUGAGGCCCCCAAGAGCAACAGUGGCAGCAGCUCACAGGGCACUCUGGCCUGCAGUGCCAGUGACCAGAUGCGGCGUUACAGGACAGCCUUUACUAGGGAGCAGAUUGCUCGCUUGGAGAAGGAAUUCUACAGGGAAAACUACGUCUCAAGACCCAGGAGGUGCGAGCUGGCCGCAGCUCUGAACUUGCCUGAAACCACCAUUAAGGUGUGGUUCCAGAACCGGCGCAUGAAGGACAAACGGCAGCGGCUGGCCAUGACGUGGCCGCACCCGGCAGACCCCGCCUUCUACACCUACAUGAUGAGCCACGCGGCGGCCGCAGGCGGCCUGCCCUACCCGUUCCCGUCGCACCUGCCGCUGCCCUACUACUCGCCCGUGGGCCUGGGCGCCGCCUCGGCCGCCUCUGCCGCCGCCUCGCCCUUCAGCGGCCCUCUGCGCCCGCUCGACACCUUCCGGGUGCUCUCGCAGCCCUACCCGCGGCCAGAACUGCUGUGCGCCUUCCGCCACCCGCCACUCUACCCCGGCCCCGCGCACGGACUGGGCACCUCGGCCGGCGCGCCCUGCUCCUGCCUCGCCUGCCACAGCGGUCCGGCCAACGGGCUGGCGCCCCGGGCGGCCGCGGCCGCCUCGGACUUCACCUGUGCCUCCACGUCCCGCUCGGACUCCUUCCUCACCUUCGCGCCCUCCGUCCUCAGCAAGGCCUCCUCCGUGGCGCUGGACCAGAGGGAGGAGGUGCCGCUCACCAGAUAA